AUGGACUGUGAACCUGGACGUGGUUGGUCUGGGAGCUGGACGGUGGUGGCAACCGCCCCGGCCGACCGUGCCUCCUCCCACUCCGGCGGGACCCGCCACCGACCCUUGCCCAAGAUGGUGCUCCUCGUCGCCUCCCAGUCCCAGGAAGUAAUGGCGGCCUCCUGCCCCUCUGCCCUGGCCAUCUCCACCACCUCCAGGGUCGCUGGACUUCCCCUGCUGCUGUCGCUGAGGCGGACGCCGGCGCCGGCAGGCACGCGCGCUGCUGCCCUUGCCGCCGGCCAUGGAGCCGCCUGCUCUUGGAGCCCUCUCCGGCCGGACCUCGCCGUGGCCCCUCGCCGCGCCGCCGGCGGCGCGCGGGCAAGGGCGCCUCUGCUCCGGCCUCGCGCAUGGCUGACGAGUCCACAGAUCGCCAGCACAGCAUUCACCGUGGGCACGGUCGCCGUCCUGCCUUUCUACACGCUCAUGAUCGCCGCCCCCAACGCCGAUAUCACUAAGCGAACCGUGGAGAGCACCGCCCCCUACGUGGCUCUUGGCAUCCUCUACGCCUACCUGCUCUACCUCUCCUGGACACCCGACACCAUCCGCGCCAUGUUCGCCAGCAAGUACUGGCUCCCGGAGUUACCGGGAAUUGUGAGGAUGUUCGCGAGCGAGAUGACCGUCGCCUCCGCCUGGAUCCACCUCCUAGCCGUCGACCUCUUCGCUGCCAGGCAGGUGUACCACGAUGGCAUCAAGAACAACAUAGAGACCAGACAUUCCAUCUCGCUGUGCCUGCUCUUCUGCCCCGUCGGGAUCGCGGCUCACGCCCUGACUAAGGUACUGGCGGGUUCGGUGGGUCGCUCGCAUUGACGAUUGACAGUUGUACGUAGGGUCCCGUUAUUUAGAUGGUGGAUAUAUUGUGUAUGAUUCAGUCAGAUAUGAAUAAAUUGAUUUGAUGCACCAUUUGUUCCAGAUUGAUUAGUAUCAGCCAUUUUGUUGGAGUGGCUUGAGCAACUAAAUUUACUUAUCCUCAGGGAUUCCUAGUA